CUUGGCAUUUUGCCUCUCUCUUCUUUCCCCGCAGCCCGCUCUUUAUUUCCUCUGUAUCUUUCGAACCGAAACACUCGGAAUUAGGGUUCUACAGUUGCAUCCCGAAGAGAGGUGCGGGAGGAGAUGGCGAACGAUCAGGAGAUGAGCGGGUGGACUGACCUCCUCCACUCCUCCACCAAGCUCCUGGAGCACGCCGGGCCCUCCGCCCACUUCCCCUCUCUCCAGAGGAAUCUCGACCAGUUGGAGUCUCUCUCCAAGAAGCUCAAGUCUAAAACGAUCCGCGCUGAGGCCCCCUCCCAAUCCAUCUCCGCCACCAGGCUGCUCGCUCGGGAAGGGAUAAAUGCAGAACGGCUCGCUCGAGACCUGAAGUCCUUUGAAUUGAAGACAACUUUUGAGGAUGUUUUUCCUUCCGAAGCAACAACUGUGGAGGAGUAUUUGCAGCAGAUUCAUGAAAUGACAAUGGUUUCAUCCAUCCAAGAAGCUCAAAAGGACAACUUGCGAAGCUUCAAUGAUCACAUGAUGCGAGUUCUGGAGGAGGAUUGGCAGAAGGAAAAGAGAGACUUUUUGCAAAGCUUAAAUCGACUUUCCACAUUACCUAGGGGAAACAGUAGCAUUUUGAGCAGUGGAUUCUCCAUUACUGUUCAGAUGCCACCUCAAGCUUCCAGCCCUCAUGUCUCCAGGACUUCAUCAAACAUGGAAGUUAUGCCUAUGGCUAAUAAGUCAAUAAUUGAGAAAAAAGCUUCAGUAUAUGCUGAAAUCUUGCGAAACCUCAAUGAUGCAAGGGGACGUGGAUUGCAUUUCAAACCUGCUACAGCUUUCAGGGAUGCUUAUGAAAGUAUGGGCCUUGAUUUUUCUGGUAUGAGAUCAGUUACCAUGCAAAAAAUCUGGCAUUUGAUUCAGGCAUUGGUUGGUGAAUAUUCCAAUAAUCGGCAAAAGUUUUCAAGAAAAAUGUCCCUUGUGAUUGGAGCAAGACGUCAUCUUGAAUGGGGCCAUGAGAAGUAUAUACUCGAUAUGAUUAAAACCCAUCCUUCACAGGCUGCUCUUGGUGGAGCUGUUGGCAAUUUGGAAAAGAUUCAAGCAUUUCUCCGGGUGCGGUUAAGGGACCACGGUAUGCUGGAUUUUGACACUACUGAUAUUCGUAGGCAGCCCCCAAUUGACACAACUUGGCAACAGAUUUAUUACUGUUUAAGAACUGGUUAUUAUGAUGAAGCAAAGAAAGUUGCUGAAUCAUCACGUGCUGCCCACCAAUUUGCACCCCAGCUUGCAGAGUGGAUUGCUUCCGGUGGUUCGGUGUCACCAGAGACUGCUGCUGUUGCAUCUGAAGAGUGUGAAAAAUUGUUAAGAAUGGGUGAUCGAGCAGGAAGACCAGGUUAUGACAGGAAGAAGUUACUACUUUAUGCUAUAAUUUCUGGCAGUCGACGCCAGGUAGAGAGGUUGCUUAGAGAUGUGCCAUCACUUUUUGGCACUAUUGAAGACUUCUUAUGGUUCAAAUUGUCAGCAAUACGUGACUGCUCUGGUGGAUCCUCUUCUAUAGUACUAAGUGAGGGUUUGGUGCCAUAUAACCUGGAUGAUCUUCAAGGUUACUUGAACAAGUUUGAGCCAUCAUAUUAUACGAAAAAUGGGAAAGACCCCCUGGUUUAUCCGUAUGUUCUACUCUUGAGCAUUCAGUUUCUUCCAGCAGUUCUAUACUUGUUUAAAGAAGUGGGAGAGGAGGGCUACAAUGUUGAUGCUGUACAUAUAUCAAUAGCUUUAGCUGACAAUGGAGUUCUUUCAGAUGGGAUUGGAACUGACCGUAAGAUAGGGGUUAUGGAUGCUUGUGCAGAAGUUGCUAGCAUAAUACGACAAUAUGGUUCAGUCUACUUGCGUCAAGGUAACCUUGAGUUAGCUUUGGAAUAUUAUGCACAAGCAGCUGCGGCAAUGGGUGGAGGAGAAGUGUCAUGGAUUGGAAGAGGCAGUAGUGAUCAGCAAAGACAGCGAAAUAUGAUGUUAAGACAACUGCUUACAGAAGUAUUGCUACAGGAUGGUGGUAUCUCUCUUUUACUUGGUCCAAGAGGCACUGGGGAAGAAGGUGCACUUAGUAAAUAUAUUAUGGAUUGGAAUAGCCGACAACAGUUUUUGCUUGAGGCAGCUCGUCAAUGCCAAGAAGCUGGGCUUUAUGACAAAGUAUCUCCUUUUUUACACAUAUUGACAUCUCAGUCUGUUUUCUGCUAUAUCAUGCCAAUUUUUUUGGAAAUAAAGAGAGUAUUUUCAUUAAUUAGCAUCCUUGUAUAAUCAAAUGUUGCUGACAUAGCUUUUUAUGCAUUUACUGGAUUGUUAGUUCAUUUGCUUGCUGUAGCUCUCUUUCAUAACCAAAUCACAACAUAGAUCAAGAAGUUGGCUGGUUAAAACAUUACUUCUUAACAAAUGAUCUGCUCAGAUGUUGAUGACUAGAGGCUUAAUUUUUUCGUAUGUUAGAUAGCA